AGAAAAACAUCGCUGAUCAUUAGAUCAUCGAAGGCUUUUUUCCACGAACCCAAAAGGUGCGAAGAAGCCCUUUCCGGCAUCCUGCCAUGGCAGGCCUCAACCCGCUGGUGUUCUUGGAUGUCGCGGUGGGCAGACGUGCAGUUGGCCGGUUGAAGUUUGAGCUGUUUCAUGACCAGCUGCCCUUCACGUCCGAGAAUUUCCGCUGCCUUUGCACUGGAGAGACGGGUCUGGGAUACUGGCUUCGCCCUCGUUGGUACAAAGACACCAACUUUUUGCGAGUGGUCCCUGGAUUUAUGUGUCAAGGCGGAGAUUUCAACUUUGGAAGCAUGCUCAUGGGUGAGUCCAUCUACGGGCAGCGCUUCCGCGAUGAGCGAUUCUGCUACAAGCACUCGAAGCGCGGGGUGCUGUCCAUGGCCCAUGCAGGGAGGAGACACACGAACAAUUCUCAAUUCUUUAUUACCUUCGCUCCAUGCCCUUGGCUGGAUGGGAAGCAUGUGGUCUUCGGCCAUGUGGUCGAUGGCAUGGACGUGCUCGACAGCAUCGAGGCGGCAGGGACUGAAGGUGGCAAGACGAAGGCUCGUGUUUGGAUCCACAAUAGCGGGGAAGAGACGCAGAAGUUCUUGAGAAAGGAGGCGUUGCAGUCGGAUCUCUUUGAGGACCCUGCUGAGCAGGCCCAGGCUGCGCUCGCCGCUCAGGCCGCCAGUAUGCGCCAGGUGGAGCGCCCUGAACCCCUGGACCACAUCAAUGAAGUGUCGCCCGUGCCGGACGAGGUUCCCCAUGAUCAUGCUCCGCACACUUGGGGUGCAGUGUAGAGGUUUGGAAGAAGGCCAAGGCCUUCAGUGACAACUUGCUUUAGUGCAAGGCGUCCGGGCCGCCCGACGCCGACCUGGUCGCGAGCGUUCUUUAGUUGGACCAUGUUGGACCGGAGAAUCAGCUCAAUGCUCACGAUACACGCGGAGGUUCGACCAGAGCGAAUCGGAGACCAAGUCUGGCAGAGCAGCUUCCGAAGUGGGAGGCAGCGCUGCCGACCCGCUCUUCCGGUUGCAGCCAGA